AUUAUUAUUCAAAUUCUCUUUGCGUUUUUCGCAUCUGAAAAAAUGGCGUUCAAGUUCUUGGUUUUCGUCGGUUUAGUGGCCUGUUCUAAAGCUGGCUUUUUACAGCAACCGAUUCAGUAUGCUGCCCCAGCACCAAUUCCUCAAAUCAGAUAUGCCCAGGCCUCACCUAUUUUAUCACAACCCAUAUACCAAAACCCAGCACCAAGUCUAUUUAGGUACAAUUCUGCUCCUCUGAUCAACACAAUUGCACCAGCACCCCCAACUUUAAUUAAAGCACAACCGGCAGUCACCCUAAAAUCAGAAGAAUAUGAUCCUAAUCCACAGUAUUCGUUUGGAUACGAUGUCCACGACUCUAUCACUGGAGAUAUCAAAUCACAGGCUGAAACCAGAAAUGGAGAUUAUGUGCAAGGCAGUUAUGCUUUGAACGAACCAGACGGUACAAGAAGGAUUGUAGAUUAUUCAGCAGAUCCAGUGAAUGGAUUCAACGCAGUUGUCAGGAAGGAAGCAUUGAGCGGUCCAGCAAUCAUUGAAGCAUCUCCAGCAAAGUUAGCAGUUUCGAGAAUAUCGCCUGCUCUUCAAUAUCAUAGUUUAUUUGUAGCUUUUGCCGCUUUGGUAGCUGUUGCCCGCGCUGGCAACCUACUACACGCUCCCUUGGCGUAUCAUGCCGCCCCUGCAAUAGCUAAAGUAGCCGCCCCUUUAGCUUAUGCCGCCCCUGUAGCUAAAACGAUUGUAGCUGCACCAGUAGCAAAGGCUGUUGUAUCAGAAGAAUAUGAUCCCAACCCUCAGUAUUCUUUCGGAUAUGAUGUCCAAGAUGGUCUUACUGGAGAUAGCAAAAGCCAGUACGAAAGCCGUAGCGGAGAUGUAGUUCAAGGCUCCUACUCAGUUGUAGACCCUGACGGUACCAAGAGAACCGUAGAGUACACCGCCGACCCAGUCAACGGAUUCAACGCAGUAGUACACAAGGAACCCCUAGUCGCCAAAGCCGUUGUAGCCGCCCCCGCUGUUGCCAAAUUCGCCGCUCCAGCUCCAAUCGCUUAUGCCGCCCCUGUAGCUAAGUUCGCAGCCCCAGCACCAAUCGCUUAUGCCGCCCCUGUAGCUAAGUUCGCCUCCCCCGCGCCAAUCGCCUAUGCCGCCCCUGUAGCCAAGUUCGCCGCUCCGGCGCCAAUUGCCUAUGCCGCUCCUGUAGCUAAAAUAUCUGCUCCUUUGUCAUACUCAACCUCUGUACUGCAUUAAGGAUAUAAUGUUAUCGACCCAAGCAAAACCGACUGUUUUAAUUUAAGUAAAUUAUUUGUAAUAUAACUUGUUAUUUAAUGCAAUAAUAAGGUAUU